UCGCGUGAAUAACUUCUACUUGCAGUGACUGUAGUAGCAUGAAUAAAGUUAUUCGCUAUUAAAUCGCAUACUUGAAAAAUAAAUUAACUCAUUCGUUACAUAAAUCAAUCAUAAAUUGAUGGUUUUCGGUUGAAAAAAUUAGGUUUCAUUAUCGAGUGAGAUAUUAUGAAUAAAAUUAAUAUUAUUACUGUUGAAAUUCAUUUAAAAUUAUUUACAUAAGACUCAGUGAUAUUAUCGAAUAACUAUGAAGAAUGUUUGUGAAUUAUAAUUAAUAUCCGGUGGGAGUUGAAAACUAAUUUACAGCAUUUUUGAUCAAAUAUAGUUAUUUUCAUGUUUCUUUAAAACAUUUGAUUAAAUUGUAAUCACAAUGAUUCAUAUUUUUAUGAAUCUAAUUCUAGCAAUGUUAAUAGUUUAGUGGAACUGUAGACAUGAGAUAGUUGAUAAAAAACUCAGAAACUGCAUAGUAAUUAUUUUAUGAUUAUUGAGUGUACAAGAUAACUUAAAUAAUAUUGCAAUGUGCAAUACCAUCAUUAAAAGAGAAAGAUUGUUCAAGAAUUACAUUAACUGCUCAGUUGUCUUUAAAGACAUCACGUACUCUAUGGAAACCACGAACAAGUCUUCAUUAUCACACAUUUACAGCACAAUUGUAUUAAAUUGCAUGUCAAUUCACAUAUGAUGGAUUUAUUAGAUUCAAAUAAUGGAACUUUUAACGAGUCUGAAGAGGAGGCUUGGUGGGAUUAUGAUUUGGAAGAAUCUCUAAAUCACUUUGAAUGGGCUGAACUAGCACCGGCACUUGUCGUUUAUUCUAUCACUUUUUGUCUUGGAUUAACUGGCAAUUUAGUAAUCAUUGCAUCAACGCUCUGUCCAAAAUUGAGACCCUUACCAGCAACACCAACAAACAUUUUUCUUGGUGGACUUGCCAGCGCUGAUCUUAUGCUUAUCACAUUCUGCAUACCUGUCAAGAUUGCUAAGCUAUUUUCUUAUACUUGGACUAUGGGAGCCUUUUUAUGUAAAGCUGUUCAUUAUAUCCAGAGUGUCACAGCGAUUUGUUCAGUUCUUACCCUCACAGCAAUGUCAAUUGAAAGAUAUUAUGCUAUUGUGCAUCCAAUGAGGGCACAAUACGUUUGCACCAUUAGUCAAGCAAGAAAAAUCGUCAGUGUGACAUGGGUUGUAUCUCUUUUUCUAGCCAUUCCUAUGAUAUUUGCCCAAAGACAUAAACCUGUAGGAGAAAGAAUACCAGCUUUCUGGUGUGUUAGGGAUUCUGAUUCGGAGGUUUACUGGCGUGCCCAUGAACUUUAUAUGCUUUUGCUAGUUUUAGUAAUUCCUCUUGCUGUUAUGGUUUUCUGUUAUACAGCCAUUUGUUGGGAGAUUUGGCGAGUCAUGAAGCGCAGAUAUCACAUGACAUCCAGACAUGCAUUAACACCAAAACUACAAUAUCAAGUAUCUACUGAUAAUGGAGAAGUCAUUCCUAUGACAAGUCGACCAAAAGAACGUCGAAAAACUACUACUGAUGCUGAAUCUCGUACAAUAAAACAAGUAGUAAAGAUGUUAGUCGCCGUUGUAGUUCUCUUUACUAUCUGUUGGAGUCCAAUGUUAAUAGACAAUGUUUUAACAGCUUAUGGAGUACUUCCAAGAUUAAAGUAUGGAACAAUUAAACACAUGAAUACGGCAUUCCAUUUGAUGGCAUAUUUUAAUAGCUGUAUCAAUCCAAUAAUCUAUGGAUUUAUGUCAAAACACUUCAGAGAGAGUUUCCUAGCAGCAGCGUGUGUUGGUUGGUGGUGUUGCUGCCGCAGAAAAGUGUACAAUCCACCAGUUAAGCGACAUGUCAGUCUUAGUCAAACUAGAACUACAAGCGUGAGAUGGCCUUGACAGUUAAAUCGUGAACGAAAUUGAUGUUGAUAAUAAGCUGCACUUUUCUACUUCAUACGCUAUUUGAUCUACAUACAGCACACCAGGAUGCGUUCAUUUACAUAUCAAAUUAAGAUGAUGACAUAUUAUAUUGAUAAGUACCUAUAGGCAAUCUUUUAUUUGCUGAAUUAUGUAUUGAUGUGAUGUUAGUUAAUAGCUGAUCGUAAUUUAAAGCAUUUAAACGAAAACUAUUGUAGUAAAAUUUAAAUAUUAUUUGUUCUUGUAGACAUCAUGUAUACAAUGAUAACACAAACGUCUAAGAAUAUUUUUAAAUUUAUUUAUAUGUUUAAUAAACUGUUUUGUGUUAUCAGAAGUAACUAUUUAGAUUAUUGUAAAUAGUGACAUUUAAUCAUUUGUAUUUAUUUAUUAAAACAAAAAUAUAAAAUAAGUAUGAAAGUUCGUUUAACGAAAGUAUCUUCAAUAUCUUACAAAGAAUAGAAUAAUUAAUAAAAAGUAAAAUAUAUUAAUGGUUAGAACCGUGAUAAAUCAAGGAAAGUAUGGACUAGCAGAAUUAUGAACAAAACCUUAACAUGUAAAGCGAUAUAUAUCGUGUACAGUGUCCAUUAAAUGUUUAUUAUUGAA